AUGCUUAACAACUUUUCCACCGUCGCUGUCUUUGUCUUGGGUGCCGUUUCGACCGCCACUGCCCAUGAUGCCACUGCUGCAAAUAGCAACAGCGUUCAGCAGCCGCAUAACUUUGCCAGAAGCAACGUCGAGCAUGCCAAGCGCUGCGGUGGCUGGGGCGGUUGCGGCAGAGUUGGGUGCGGUGGCGGUGGUUGGGGGUGGGGUGGCUUUCCAUUUGCUGCCAACACUGUAAAUGCAUUUGACCGCAACACAUUUGCUGCCAACUGCUGCGACAACACAGUCUUUGCAAAUAACAAAAACGCUAAUGUAGUCUGCAACAACUUGCAUGCGCUCAAUGCUGCCAACGUCAUUGCGCCCAGAUAA